AUGUUAGAUAUCAACCAAUUUAUUGUCGAGAAAGGUGGUAAUCCAGAAUUAAUUAGGGAAUCUCAAAAGGCCAGACAUGCCAACGUCGAGUUAGUAGAUGAAAUUAUCGCUGACUAUAAGGACUGGGUCAAGACUAGAUUCGAUUUAGACGAGUUGAAUAAAAAAUUAAACAAGUUACAAAAGGACAUUGGUUUGAAAUUUAAAAAUAAGGAAGAUGCUACUGAAUUAUUAGCUGAGAAAGACCAAAUUACUGAAGAAAAAAAGAACCUAACAGAAAAAGAACAAGAAGAAGACAAAGCUUUGAGAAACAAGGUUAACCAAAUUGGUAACAUCGUUCAUCCAAGUGUCGUUAUUUCUAAUGAUGAAGAAAACAAUGAAUUAGUUCGUACUUGGAAACCCGAAGGUUUAGAAGAUGUUGGUCCAGUAGCUUCUGUUACUGGUAAGCCAGCAGCUUUGUCCCACCACGAAGUUUUAUUAAGAUUAGAUGGUUAUGAUCCAGAACGCGGUGUCAAAAUUUCUGGUCACAGAGGUUACUUCUUUAGAAAUUAUGGUGUUUUCUUGAAUCAAGCCUUGAUUAACUAUGGUCUAAACUUUUUGGCUCAGAAGGGAUACAUUCCAUUACAAGCUCCAGUUAUGAUGAACAAAGAAGUCAUGGCUAAAACUGCACAAUUAUCUCAAUUUGACGAAGAACUAUACAAAGUCAUUGAUGGUGAUGAUGAAAAAUACUUAAUUGCCACUUCUGAACAACCAAUUUCAGCCUACCACAGUGGUGAAUGGUUCGAAAAGCCACAAGAACAAUUACCAAUCCGCUAUGUUGGUUAUUCUUCUUGUUUUAGAAGAGAAGCUGGCUCUCACGGUAAAGAUGCUUGGGGUGUUUUCAGAGUCCAUGCUUUUGAAAAGAUUGAACAAUUCGUUAUAACUGAACCAGAAAAGUCUUGGGAAGAAUUCGAUAAAAUGAUUGAUGCUUCCGAAGAAUUUUACCAAUCUUUAAAAUUACCAUACCGUGUUGUUGGUAUUGUUUCUGGUGAAUUAAAUAAUGCUGCUGCCAAGAAAUACGAUUUAGAAGCUUGGUUCCCAUACCAAAAGGAGUAUAAGGAAUUAGUUUCUUGUUCCAACUGUACCGAUUACCAAUCUAGAAACUUAGAAAUCAGAUGUGGUAUCAAGAAGAUGAGUGAAAGGGAAAAGAAAUACGUUCAUUGUUUGAAUUCCACUUUAGCUGCUACUCAAAGAGCUUUAUGUUGUGUUUUAGAAAAUUACCAAACUGAAGAUGGUUUGGUCAUUCCUGAAGUCUUGAGAAAGUACAUUCCAGGUGAACCAGAAUUCUUACCAUUCGUUAAAGAAUUACCAAAAAACUCAACCUCUAACAAGAAGAAAUAA